AUGAAAUUGCAACACGUUACGUGUAAUUUGGAGCAAUGUCAGGCGCGCUCACGAGAAUUGCAAGACGAACAACACCGAUUAGAAACACAAUUACAAAAAAUAAAUUUAGAACAACAUCAAUUAAAAAAAAGGAUAUUUGAAGUGAAUGAAGAGAAUGUAAAAAAGGACGAUGAAUUAAAAAUGUUAAAACUUGAACGAAAAUUUCAUGUGUCAAAUGAUAUAAAAGAAAAUAUAACAUAUUCGAUUGAAGUCUAUUUUCUGGCUAUAGAAAACAAAGACGGCGAAGAUGCUAAAUUUAUUAACUCAUCAGACAUACAAGAUUAUGUUGGAACAGUGUACACUAUGGUUGGUGCUUCUAUUGACGAAGGUUGUAAAGAUAUAGCACAGACUAUUAUUAACGCUACUGGUGCGGCGGGCAAAGUUCCACGAGCACUCAUCUUAUUUCGCGAUGCUGAACAUUUUGGAAUCGAUUCCGGUGGGGAAUCGAUUACUGGAAUUCCCCAAUUCAUUCAAAAGGGAAUUCCAGAACUACUCAAAGUUGAGGGUGAGAGUGAAGGUGAGUGUGACUGCGAAAGGAGAAAAGCUGGCAAUGCCGAAAUUCGUAGUGAGUCCGUGUGA